AUGCAUUCAUCAAGCCAGCCAGCAUUCACAAAGCCCAAAUCCGGUCGGACGCGGUCCAGAACCGGCUGUCGGACCUGUCGCGUGCGCCGCAUCAAAUGCGACGAAACCCCCGUAGCAUGCCGUAACUGUUCAUCGACCGGUCGACAGUGCGACGGCUACGACAUCCACCGACUGCCCCCUAAGCUCAAAUGGACCCCCAAAAAGACCCUGGCCGAUCCACACCUACUGAGCCUGGCCGGCGGGCCCAGCCCGGCGCUGGACCGGCGGGACUGGACGAUGACCUCGGACGAGCGGCGGUGCGUGGCCUACUUCCAGCACCACACGGUGCCCACGCUGCUGGAGUUCUUCGACUCCACCCUGUGGCAGAAGCUGGUGCUGCAGCUGAGCCGCUCCGAGCCGCCGGUCUACCACGCGAUCGUGGCGCUGAGCGCCAUCCACGAGAACUCGGAGGCCAACGGAAUGCCGCUGGCCACGCCCAGCGAUCUGGUGGCUGAGAACCCGUGGCACCAGUUCGCGCAGGACCAGCUGGCGCGCGCCAUCACCCUGCUCAACCGGCGCAGCCGCUCGCAGGACCCACGCUUCCGCGAGGUCAUCCUGGUGUGCUGCCUGCUGUUCGUGCUGGCGGACCUGCUGCGCGGGCGGUACGACAGCGGGUUCGCACAUCUACGGAGUGGACUACUCAUCCUACAGGAGCUGCAGCAGCACGGUGCGUUCGGCAAUCUGGCCUCGCGGCGGGGACUGGUCGAGCAGUGCAUCGUCACCGCGUUCGCGCACCUGGACAUCCUCGCCUCACACUACGACCGCGUCUUCCCGAUGCUGCAGCCGCUCCACCCCUUCACCUCCCCUGAUCCCACGUCCCCCGAAUCCCCAACUCAACCCUUCCCAUCCCUCCCCUCGGCGCGCGCCGCCUUCGACACCCUCCUCCGCACCUCCUACCGCUUCAGCGCCCCCUGCAUGGGCCUCACCCAACCGCAGGUCUCCGCUAAUUAUGCUGCCCUGCAAACCCAACAGCACGCCGUCUGGAGCGACGCGACCCUCUUCGCGCAGCGCUUCCGCCCCUUCUACACCCACGCCUACCCCCAUCUGACCCCGAAGGAACAGCGCGGCGCCGAUAUCAUCAACCUCCACCUCGUCAGCCUGCGCGUCUGUCUGCACUCGUGCCUGCUGGGCAGCAACCGCGCCGCGCUGGCGCACUACCGCGCCGACCUGGAGAAGACCUGCGAGCUGGUGGAGGCCCUGAUGACCACGUUCCCGGACCACCGGCCGAGUUUCACGGUGGAGACGGGCGUCCUCCCGCCGCUGUAUCUGGCCGCGAUCCUGUGUGAUGAUUAUCGGGUCAGGUGGCGUGCGAUUGGGUUGAUGCGCAGCUGGCCGCAUCGCGAGGGCCCGUUUGAUUCGAAUUGGUUGGCGUCGUUGGCGGAGGAGGCGUUGUUGGUGGAUUUAGGGGAGAGGUGUGCGGUGGAACCGGGGUUUGGGGGGUUGGUUUUGGUUCCGGGGCGGGGGAAGGGUGGUGAGGAUGAUGAGGAUGAUGAUGAUGAUGAUGAUGAUGAGAUAGAGCGAGGGCUGACGGCUGAUGAGCUUUUUUGUAAGUUGCGGGGGAUUCGUCGUAGGAAACUGGAGAUGUUGCUGCGCACGAAACGGCUGGAGAAGCCUACGCCGGACGAUGUGGAGGUGGAAGCGGUGGCGUGGGAUCCGCUGGACGCGGUCGGCCCGGUCAAGGGGAUGGGGAGUUGGUCGUGCGUGAGGGCGUUUAAUGCGGCUACGCAGGGGAGUCCGGAUGUUUAUUGAUUUCGUCUGUAAUUGUAUGGCUAGCGAGCUGCGUGGUCUUGGCCCUUGGUCUUUUCUUUUCAUUUCAUUAUUUCAAGCGGUGGUUCUGUUUCAGCUUCUAAGC